UCGGCUCUUCAGAACCAAACGGAAAACCGGGCGGUCUUUUUGGCUCGACUGCGCGACAUCAACGCCUGGCUGGCACGUCAGGACGUUGCCUUCAGACAGCAGCGAGAGCCGAUCGGAGGUGACCGAACCGUGGUAGCCAGGCAAAGGGAUGAGCAUUUAGUGAGUCGUCAACGUUUGGAUCUUGUUGAGUUGCCAUGGGGCCUACAAGCGAUUACGAGCAGCUCUCUGCCUGUUCGGAGGUUGCCUGACACACCAGGCCAGAGUUUCAGAACCAUGGCUCUAAAGAUGAUCUCGAUUAACAUUUAUUUUGCUUCAUUAUCUUUUUGUUUUUGUUCUUUUUCAAACAUAUGUACUCCCGUAGUCGAGGCUGUACCCAGGCUUUGCUCCACUUAG